UAAAUGGAGUACGCUGACCCAAGAAACGAACAGAGCUGGUCACUGACCGUACCUAAACGCGAAUCACUGUUUACAUCCAGUUUUACAUCUCAAACUGUCAAGGUGAAGCGCGGCGUCAACACUCCGUUAUUGUCAAGCUUGAGUGCACAAUAGAGUGUCGAUCGUAUGAGAAUUAAAAUACUUUCACAAAAUAAAGUGCCUUGUGAAAAUAAAACGUAGAGUUCUUACGAAAAUAUCUGUCAAAACCUAUUCGCAUAAAAAUGUCAAGAACGAGCCAUACCGGAGCAGGAUCGAAUAAAGUUGAGCUUGAAUAUUUGUUCUCAAACAAAGAAGCGUCUGCCAGUGAACAUAGUAUUUCGAGUAUGGUAUCUAAUAGUUCUUCACAAGAUGAAAAUUUUCGCGUGUCGAAACAUGCGGAAAAUAGUCUUAGAGUUAUGGAAAAAUAUUUACAUGAACAACAAUUGACAGAUGUCAUUUUAAUUGCAGGAAAAAGACAUAUCCCUGCACAUCGUUUAGUACUUAGUGCAAGUUCAGAAUAUUUUGCUGCCAUGUUUACAAGUUCUUUAAGAGAAUCUGCACAAAAUGAAGUUGAAUUAAUGGGUGUAGAUGGAGAUGCAUUGUGGACUUUAGUCUGUUACUGUUACACAGGUUGCAUAGAAUUAAGGGAAGAUAGUGUAGAAACUCUUUUAGCAACAGCACGUUUAUUACAAUUAAAUCCAGUUGUUAAAGCAUGUUGUCAAUUUCUUAGAAAACAACUUCAUCCGAGUAAUUGCUUAGGAAUAAGAAUGUUUGCUGAUACACAAGGUUGUUCAGAUUUAUUAGAUCAUGCUCAUGCAUAUACAACUAAACAUUUUAUGGAAGUUACAAAGAAUCAAGAAUUUUUAUUAUUAUCUGCAAAUGAAGUUGCCAAACUUUUAGAAUCAGAAGAUCUCAAUGUUCCUUCAGAAGAAAUUAUUUUUCAUACACUUAUGACAUGGUUGGAAUAUGAUCCAGAAAAUAGACAGAAAGAUGCAAGCAAGUUAUUAAGCCUUGUAAAAUUACCUCUAUUAUCUCCUGCAUUUAUAGCAGACAAUAUUGAAAGUAAUGAAAUGUUCAAAGAUCAAAGAGUGGCACAAGAAUUAGUUAUGGAAGCAUUAAAAUAUCAUCUUUUACCAGAGCGUAGACCAUUACUUCAAUCAGGACGUACAAAACCCAGAAAAGCUACUGUAGGUCAUAUGUUAGCUGUUGGAGGAAUGGAUGCUAAUAAAGGUGCUACUUCAAUAGAUGCAUUUUCUUUGCGUGAUAAUGCUUGGAAAUCUAUGGCUACAAUGAGUGGUAGAAGACUUCAAUUUGGUGCUGCUGUUGUUGAUAAAAAAUUGAUAGUUGCUGGUGGAAGAGAUGGAUUAAAAACAUUAAAUACAGUAGAAUGUUUUGAUUUUUCAACUUUUACUUGGAGUACAUUAUCCCCUAUGAAUAUUCAUAGGCAUGGAUUAGGAGUAGCUGUAUUAGGUGGACCUUUAUAUGCAGUUGGUGGUCAUGAUGGUUGGAGUUUUCUAGAUACUGUUGAAAGAUGGGAUCCAGCCACACGUCAAUGGAGUUCAGUUUCUGCUAUGUCUAUACAAAGAUCCACAGUUGGUGUUGCUGUAUUGAAUGAUAAAUUAUAUGCUGUAGGUGGAAGAGAUAUAAGCUCAUGUUUAAAUACUGUGGAAUGUUAUGAUCCCCAUACAAAUAAAUGGACACCUUGUGCGCCAAUGUCAAAACGACGAGGUGGUGUAGGUGUAGGUGUCGUGAAUGGAUGUCUUUAUGCAUUAGGUGGUCAUGAUGCACCUUCCAGUAAUCCUAAUGCCAGCAGAUUUGAUUGUGUCGAAAGGUAUGAUCCUAAGACAGAUACAUGGACUAUGGUAGCACCAAUGAGUGUACCAAGAGAUGCAGUUGGUGUUUGUGUACUUGGUGAUAGACUUAUGGCUGUAGGAGGUUAUGAUGGCCAACAAUAUCUCACUCUUGUUGAAGCAUAUGAUCCACAUCUUAAUGAAUGGGAACCAGUUGCCCCCUUAAAUGCUGGUCGUGCGGGAGCUCCAUGUGUUGUUAUAAAAAACGUAACAGGUUUCGGAUUUGAUUAAUAAUAAAAUUCUGCACAAAGUAUGGAACUUCAAAAGCAAGUAUGGAACUUCAAAGUAUUUUAAUUAAAAAUCUUACAUCGGAAGAUAGAUACAGAAGAAGAUAUUUGCAAAUGUUACUAUAUCAUAAAAGUAACAUUAUUUUUGUCUAUAAAUAUAUGUUUAAAACAUAGUGUUUCAACACAGACAAAGCAAUGUUUGUACUCCAUUUGAUACGUUGCAUAUACUAUCGUGAAUUUGUACAUAUUUAUACCUAUGUCUUUUGUAUAAACAUAUUCAAAUUUAUUUUUAACAAAUACAUUUUUUACGUCGAACAAAUUUAUUUUUCUUGUCGACAAAAUGUUUUUAUUUACAUAUGUAUUCAUAUAUAUUUUGUGAACAUAUUUUUAAA